UGACUCUCUCCUUCCGCAUCAGAGAAGGGAUUUUAUAGAAAGCAUUAGGCUUCUAAGCUAAAAAACCUCUUCCACAGGGGGAGAGACGAGCAGGUGACACAUGCGUGAAGCGGAGCUGGGGUUUUAGAGUUGCUGCUGCUCUCUUGGAAACGGGAAAGGAAGGAGUGAUAAAACCUUGGCUCUGAAGUCUCUCUGCCAGUCUCCUUGGGUUGCUCUGGCCUGCCCACAUUAUUCCUGUAGCUUUGGUGGCUCUGGAUGGCUGAUGAAGAGAGAUGUUCAAUCUAAUGGCCAAUUGCUGCAACUGGUUAAAACGGUGGAGGGAACCUGUCAGGAAGGUGACACUAAUAAUGGUGGGUCUUGAUAAUGCUGGGAAAACUGCCACAGUCCGAGGAAUUCAAGGAGUUGCUUUCAGGUGGCCAUUCCAGUAAUGUGCAUACAGAAGUAAACUUUUAUGUAAAAAUCAGUGUUGUAAAGUCUCCUGAAGAUGUGGCUCCAACCGUUGGGUUUUCCAAAAUUGAUCUUAAACAGGGACGCUUUGAAGUCACCAUCUUUGAUUUAGGAGGUGGAAAGCGAAUUCGGAAUAUCUGGAAGAAUUAUUAUGCUGAGUCCUAUGGUGUCAUAUUUGUGGUGGAUUCCAGUGACAUUGAAAGAAUGGAAGAAACAAAACAAGUCAUGAUAGAAGUUUUAAAAAGCCCUAAGAUAGCAGGAAAACCUGUGUUAGUGCUGGCAAAUAAGCAGGACAGAGAAGGAGCACUGUCAGAAGCAGAUAUAAUCGAGUCGUUAUCUCUGGAAAGGCUGGUUAAUGAACACAAGUGUCUCUGUCAAAUUGAACCUUGCUCAGCAGUCAUGGGCUAUGGAAAAAAAAUUGAUAAAUCAAUAAAAAAGGGGUUAUUUUGGCUCCUCCAUAUCAUAGCAAAGGAUUUUGAUGCCUUACAUGAGCGCAUCCAGAGAGACACAGCAGAGCAAAAAGCACUUGAGGAACAGAAGAAACUGGAACGAGCUGAGCGAGUCAGGAGGAUACGGGAGCAGAGGGAAAAAGAAGAAGGAAAUGCACCUGAGGAGGAAGAUCCUGAGCCUGGGAAACGUGGAAACCCCUUCCAGCCUAUAUCUGCUGUAAUCUCUGAGAAUGAAAAACAGCUGGAAAAGGAAAAGAAGAGGCAAAAGUUGGAGACUGAAAAGGCUGCAAUUGUCUUGAAUUCUCAAGCAGAGCAGGACCACAUAUCAAGUAGCAGUAGCCAAAACACAAAUGACAGCAGGUUGGAAAGGUGCAACUCUACAACUGCCCAGCUUUUGCAGCAUGCAGAAGAGAGUGACCAACAAGCCUCAGAAUGCCUUGACUCAGAUAACAGUAAGAAAAAAAGUAAAAAACCAAAAUUAAAAAGGGGCCACAGAGUAGAACCUGUUAAUGCAGAGGACUCUCUUCCCAAGAAUCCUACACCACCACCAGCUCUUCCACCAGUUGGAUGGGGAACUCCCAAACUUAAUAGACUUCGAAAACUUGAGCCUCUUGGUGAAACACAUCAUCCUGAUUUCUAUGGAAAGCCUCUGCCCCCACUGACUCUACGCCAGAGACCCAACAGUGAUACCCAUGAUGUCAUUGCUUAACUGGAGCACAAAGAGAAUUUUAAAAAACAUAAUUUAAAAAUCCUAUCAUUUUUUUUUACCCUUGAAGGAAAUUUUUGUAAAUGACAUUUUAUCAGCAUGGGACAGCUCAACAUGGAGUUCAUCCUGUUGUACUUAGGUGGUCAGACUUUAUCAUUUACUUUUCACAUCACCAGCUCUUCAGGAUUUAUUUGGUUUACUUGUGAAAAGACAUGGCUAUAAACCUGAAGAAAAACACCUUCAAGAUCCUACAAUACUGGAUUGUACAUUCCCACCGAGACCUUUCUUCAGGUGCUGUGCAGGUGUUGGCAUUUUUUCAGGGAAUAAAUGAUUCUAAAGCAUUUUGUAAGAUUCCUGUAUGAUAGGGUGAAUGUAGAAAGGUUAAACAAAUAUUGAAUAUAUUUUUCUACCUUUUUAUAAAAUGAGUUGAAAGUUUGUGUGGAAUGGUGUACCUACAAACUAAUAAAGUAGGUAAGAUAGGUAAAUGUACCUAUACUACCAAUAAAAUGAUACCUAGGGAGCAUUAGAAAGCUGAUAGUCAAGUGCAUAAAAAUAAAAUGUGUUUGACUCUUACAUUUAUCUUACAGUACCAAUAACUUUUCUUAGGUAUUACAUUACAUAUUUCAUAUUUCUGGCAAUCUAAAGCAGAGGGUAAGAUAAAAAAAUUUAAAAUAAAUGUAUUUUAUACAAAAUAAUGCUGUUUGAACUGUCUGGAAGUUUUCUUAUCCGUUGUUUUCUUUGUUUUGUUAACUGAGUUUGACAUAGGUAAUAAA